CCUACCAAUACCAGAUAAUUCGUGGACCAACCUUCUUACAAGCCUUCUGAGCUUACAUUUCCUCUCUCUCUCUCUCUCUCUCUCUCUCUCUCUCUCUCUCUCUCUCUCUGACUGAUACCUCCAUCCUUCUCUCCUGCAUCUUCCCGUUUGAUUAACCAGAAGCCAAAUAAUCCCUCCCUUCCCUGAAGGAUUCAAGGAACCUUCUAGGGCAGUCAUAUUGGCAGAACAAAAAUACAAAACAUAGUACCCAUAUCUUUCCUCUUUCUAUCUCAAUGUUUCAAUAGUGUUCAGCCCAAUCUCUGAGCCUUCUCCUUCCUCCCCGGCCCUUUGAUCUCUCUUGGGACCCAGAGAUCUCCGGAGGAAACAAAUAAAAAGAGACAGAGAGAAGCCACAUCAAAGAAGAGGAGUACUACAGUCUUUCCUAAAAGUUUCCUCUAAGAACUCAAACAGUUCUCGAGUGACAUGGAUUUAGCCCACGGAAGAGGAGAUAGGCAUCGCUACUGUCGGGGAGAAGACCAAGAGGGGGCAUCCAAGAGCCCUUCCUUCACUCCCUCCUCCUCCUCCUCCUCCCUUACUUGGUUCCCUCAUGCCGAGGCCACUGCCCGUUCGAUCGAGACGGAGCAUAUGUUUGACAAGGUGGUGACGCCGAGCGAUGUCGGGAAGCUGAACCGGCUCGUGAUCCCAAAGCAGUACGCGGAGAAGUACUUCCCUCUAGACCCGUCGGUGGCCGACAAGGGGCUAUCACUGUGCUUUGAGGACCGCAGCGGGAAGCCAUGGCCGUUCCGUUACUCCUACUGGAACAGCAGCCAGAGCUAUGUCAUGACCAAGGGAUGGAGCCGCUUCGUCAAGGACAAGCGGCUCGACGCAGGCGACACCGUCUCCUUCAGCCGCGGUGUCGGCGAGGCCAGCCGUGGCCGCCUCUUCAUCGACUGGCGGCGCCGCCCCAGCUCCCACCACCACCUCCUGCCACUCCCCAGCCCGGCGGCGAUGCAGUUACCCUUCACUGCCGUCGCACCGUUCGCCGGGCUCUUCGCCCCUCCGGUGCCCGCCAUGCGCCAUGCGCCAAGCCCCGGAAUUGGUGGUGAUGGCGGGUCAUACGUGCAUUUUCGGUCAGUUUGCCCCCCGCCGCACGUACGGGUGCCGAUGGUCUUGGACUCGGUGCCGGUCGUCCAUGGCGCAGUGGAGACCAAGCGAGUCCGGAUCUUUGGUGUGAACCUGGAGUGCUCCGAGCCGAACGGGGGGCUGCCUCUGACGCGGCCUAAGCCUCCUCAAUCUCCUCUCCAGUGGAGAAUUGGGGCUGGUGGGUCUCUCGAGUCUACUGUAGUGUCUACAGGAAACAAGCUGCAGUGAUCCAUAGAUCUCCACUAAUAAUUCAGGAAGAAAGGAGGAGAAGAAAGAAGUUUGAUAUACUUACUCUUAUUAUUUACUCCAUCUUGUGCUUACUUGAAUAUUGAAAGGUUUCAGGAUUCUGUCAUUCCCUUUUUCUGUUUCAUCAUCAUCUUUUGGAGCAUAAAGAAAAUUUGAGCAUUUCGAGUGCGUUUGGGUGAGAGGGAAAGGAAGUGAAGAGGGAUGUAUGUGAACUAUAAUAUUUCUAUACUUUUGUUCCUUUCGUAUUGAACCAUUAUUAAAAUUGUAUGUAUAUUCCCCCA